UUUUUGUUGUUUUGGAAAGAGAAAGGAGAAAAUAAUACUGAAACGUUGAUCAAUUUCUCAGUUAUUUUUGUGCAUUUCGAGGUAAAUUUACAAAAAUGUUAUAGUAUUUGGUAUCCCAAUUGAAUUUACAACUCUAGUUCCAAAUGGACGGCGCCUACUCCCUCAUUUUGCUAUCGCUUUUCAUGUUCGUUGCUAGCUAUGCAGCUGGUUUCAUUCCAUUGUCUGUAACAUUCUCAGAAUCCAAACUUCAAAUCGUAUCUGUGUUCGGAGCAGGAUUACUCGUAGGAACAGCGUUAGCUGUAAUCAUACCCGAAGGUGUUCGAUUACUGUACGAUGCAGUCCAAACUACACAAAUAAACCUCAAGAAUAAUGCUUCGACUACGAAAACCAUCCAAUCUAUGGAGGAUAGCAUGCCCGUUGUUAUGGGAUUCACUCUUGUUAUUGGGUUCGUGCUGAUGUUAUUAAUUGACCAGUGCUCUUCGAGACACGGCAGUCGAGAUGUAGAAGGAGGACUGAUGCAAAAGGUCAGAAACGAUGUCACUGCCACGUUAGGAUUAGUUGUUCAUGCUGCUGUCGAUGGUGUAGCUCUCGGUGCUGCCGCCACCACCGAACAUACCGAAGUCGAGAUUAUUAUUUUUAUCGCGAUCAUGCUGCAUAAGGCCCCAGCUUCUUUCGCUUUGGUUACGUUUCUACUUCACGAAGGUCUCGAUCGGAUACGAAUCAAGAAACACUUAUUGGCUUUUUCAGCCUCGGCUCCUAUUUCAGCUCUAGUGACGUAUUUCGGUAUCAGUCAGGAAGGAAAAGAAUCGCUCAGUUCUGUCAACGCUACCGGAAUAGCUAUGCUAUUCAGUGCUGGCACAUUCCUGUACGUUGCCACAGUCCACGUCCUGCCCGAAGUAACUCAUCGAGCCGGAGGAGUGUUGAAAAAGAACCAGCUGUUUUUCUUAAUACUGGGCACGGUGCUACCGCUUUUCUUGACCUUUGAAUCUCACUGAUGAAUAAUAUUCCCGGCGCUAAUAGGAUCAAAUUUUUUCGGAAUUGUAUUCCUUCGAUUCAUUCCGUCCGACGGGAAAUUAUUAAACGAUCGAUCGCGCAUCAUUGAUGUAAAUCUCAAUGCUGUGUUACCAUUUGUCUACUCACUUCGCUGUUGUAAUCAAAUUUGAAACUUAAAUAAUUUUUCUACGGUUGACAUUUAGUUUUGUUUUUUUUUCUUCUGUUUUGUUACCUUUCUAAAUUGAGACAUACUCGUUCGUUUUUUUUUUGUUUUUUUUUUUAUUAGUUUCAGCUAUCAAAUGUGAUAUUGUUUUUCUUACGUUUUCAUUUAUAUGUAUAACUGAUUACAAUAUGACUCAAGAUGUUUGUAUAAGAUCCGAAAUCGAUUGUAUCGAAUAUUUUUUUAAAAUGAUGCAUAUCAUAUCACACUGUUUUCUACAUUAUUCGUUGUUUGUAUACUUACAUUUUGAAAAUGUCAUUUUCAACUUUCGUUUUUUUAUAAAAUGUGAAUUAUUCCUAAACGUUUAAGUUACUUCGAUUUCUUUUUUUUUUUUUUUUUUUACUUACUACAUCAUUUACGAGAAUAGGUAAUUCUGUUGUUAUUUUUAAUAAUUCUGCUUGAUUGUAAAAAGUUCAUAAUGUGAUAAUAUAUUUUUAUUUUUAAGAUGUUAAUAUUUCGAUUAAAUAAAAUGUCAUCUUGUUUUUUACGUA